AUGGGAGACGUUAAUUGCAAGCCUGUACUUAUAGGUGAUUUCAAUUCUCGUACUCGAUGUAACCCUGAUUACACUAUACCAGAUAACGACUUGAUAGAAACUCUCGAUAUUGAUGUCAGUGAUGACAUAUACACUUAUUUAUAUGAUUUUGAAAAUCUUUCGAAAUAUGAUGUCCCACUAAAUAGAUCUAGUCAAGACACUAGUGCACCUAGUAGUUACGGGUUAAAGCUCUUAGAAAUGUGCAAAUGUAAUAAUCUCUAUAUUGCUAAUGGUAGAAUAGACCAAGAUAAAAAUAUGCAGUUUGUUUCUACUCAACGAGGAGCCGAAAGACUUGUAUUUGAUGGCUUCGACUAUUACUAUGCAAAACUGCUGGCUAAUGGCAACGGGUCAUGGGAGUGUGUGCUUCGAAGACCAAAAAACUGCAAAGCAAGGAUUCACGCUACUGACGAUCAUGUAGUUUGGCAAUACAUGCAACAUAAUCAUCCACCUGAUAUUGCUGCCUACGUGGUUCGACGACAAGUCAAACACGCAGCUUUAAAUACACCGGUUUCAUUGACCGGCGAAUUUUGGCGAUUGCUUCGCUUAUCUUUAGAAUAA